AUGUUCGCGCCUUCAUUAUUCCGGCGGUCGGCUUUGCGCACCUUUCAACCUCUCGCCAGGAGCCCGUACGUCAAUAUUUCAAGGCGAUCAUACCACGAUCGCCCCUCCUUGUAUCAUGAAUCCCAGUUCACACAUGAGGGUAUUCCGGACCUUUUCUCGCCUAAGGCCUUCAACACUGCAUGGACGGAAUACCAACAAGGUCUGGUAGAAAAGCUCAAUUCUCUCACAGCAGGUCAUGAACUUGAAGACAAGUCGGCGUUUGAGAUAUCUAUUCUCACCUCCCGACAGGCAGACCUUGCCGCAACCUUCAAUUACGCCUCCCAGGCCCACAACAAUCACUUUUUCUUCGACGCUUUGUCUCCUACGCAAACGAAAAUACCCGACCGAAUUCUUGGAUAUCUCCCAGACACCUUCGCCUCCCCCGAAUCGAUGAGGGCAGAGAUGCUCGCUACGGCUGAGGCCAUGUUCGGUUCCGGCUGGGUCUGGUUGGUUCUUGACAUGGGAAAGCGCCUCCGUAUCCUGUGCACAUACAAUGCGGGCUCGCCUUACGGCCAGGCUCAUAGACGCCAGGAAACGGACAUGAAUACUACUGGCAAACUCCAGCGAGGUGCUGAAUACAGUGUCGCUACUGCAAGAGCUAACAAGCCUUACGGAGCACAAGAAUUUAUUCCUCUCAUGAAUAUCAACUGCUGGGAGCAUGCUUGGAUCGUGGAUUAUGGUGUCAGGGGUAAGCCAGAGUAUCUAAAGAACUUGUGGGAAAGAAUAGAUUGGGAGAAAGUUGACUCCCGGCUGGGCCCAAUUAGACCCCCCUCGAGGGCGAUGUAUGGUGCAUGA